GAAGAAGAACAAGGGCCAACUUUGAUGGUCACUCGCUAACUGCGCUUUAUUAAUUCAUUAUUUUCCAAAAUAAUGCACAUAUAUACCCGCCCACAGCCGCCCUCCGCCCCCGCCAAUCAUAAAAUAAAACAAUAACAAAGGUCUGUCACAGUUGUUGUUGCUGCUGCUGCGCUGGAAAAAAUAUCACCACGAAAAAUUUAAAACGCACAAAAGAAAGAUCGGUGAAAACGUGGAAAAUUUGGCUGAGGGAAAAACCCAGGCAAGAUGUCGUGGUUUAAUCCCUGGGAUGGCCUCAAAACGAAGAUGUGUCGCUACCUGCUGCAGCGAUAUUUGGGCCAGUUUUUCGAGAAUAACUUAAACUUGGAGCAGCUGAAAGUGGAUCUUUACAAUGGCAAGGCGGUGGUGGAAGAUAUAUUCCUGAAGGUCAACGCCUUCAAUGAUCUCUUCGAAGAUCAGGGCUGGGCCUUCGAGGUGGUUUCGGGUCACAUUGGCUGCCUGACGGUCGUCGUGCCCUGGAAUGCCCUGAUGACCAACGACAGCAGCUUGGAGAUCUCCAAUUUAACCAUCACUUUGAGGCCAGUUACUCGCUACCAGAGCGGCACCACCAUGCUGGAGUCCAUGUGGUCCUCGGUUAGCAGUUCCAUGCAAAUGGCAGAGGAAUGCAUGAAGCAGGUGGACGACGAUGUGCCCUUUCUAAACCACAAUAACGCCCUGAUUGGCCUGGAGAAGUUCGCCGAAACCAUCGACAAUGUCCUCAAUCGCAUUCGGGCCAAGCUAACGAAUACUACUUUAAAUAUAGAGUACCUACUGCCCAGGUCGGACAGAAAACUGGUGCUCUCCUUCCAGGCCAGCCAUGUAGAGUACAAGAACAAAACGGGCUACGAGAUGCCCAUGUCCACUUCCCAGGACACUGAAACCGAAGAAGAUCCCAACAGCAGCUUCAAUGCCUUGCCCAUGAUAGCAAAACAUAAUCUGAUGAUCGAGGGACUCAGUUUGCACACCUCUGAGGUGCUGGAUGUGUUGGAUCACCAGUUUGGACCCACUCCCUACGAGCAGCUCUGCAAGAUUGUGGAGCUCAAGGGUGCGCAGAAUAUACAAAUCAAUAUCAAGCAGACGGAGAACAUAGUGGGGCCGAAAGUCAGUCUGGAACUAAGUCUGGAUGACAUAUACUUUAUGCUGACCCCGCGUCAAAUUCAUCUGCUCAUCGAGCUCUCCAAGGGAUUCAAUAGCGGAGGCCAGCAGGAGCGGCCCAAAAAGGGCAGGAGCUUGAAGUCGGCUCCUCCCAGCGAGUAUCAUAUGCAGAAUCAGCAGCAGCCCACCCGCAUGACGGGAAUCCUGGGCCAGAAUGCAGAUUGGUGUACGGGAAUGUCAGACCCAGAGCCCUCUGAAUACUCCGGCUAUGGAAAUCCCCCCAGGAGCGUUUACUCCCGGAGUCGAAAAAUGAGUGAAUCCACAAACAGCAUGCUCACCUCGUGCACUAAUACUUUGCAGCAGGAGCUGGGCUACACGGAGAAAUCCGGCGAGAUCCUCAAGUUUAAGGUUCAGAUCUCGAAGAUUUAUGGAGUGGCUUUGCACCAAGAUAUUCUCAUUCAAAACACCGCCAACAUCGAUAGCUGCAGCACGGUUUUCGAUCACGCCAGUUAUCUUCGCUACUCGGACACUGCCAGUGGUUUCUUUUUGGGCACUGUCCUGGAGAAUCACAUGCCCCUGCAGCAGCAGCAGUAUCUCCUGCUCCGCGCAGCCCCAAUCAUCGUUGGUGGAAGCCAGCAGCGCUACUUCCAAGAGCUCACAUCUAGAACCACACUCUCGGCCACUGCUGUGGAUCUCUGCGAGGUGCUGAACGACUCCAUGGAGCACCUGCUGCUGUUCGAUCGCCAGCGAAACUGCCCGGAUGGUUAUCACAUCCGACCGGAAAUUGUGGUUACCCAGAGCUCCUCGUUCAUGUUCAAGCAAAACCAUAAUCGUUGCACCAACAAAAUCGAAUGCAGUUUGGAUGAAUGCACGGCAGAAUUGGAUAUAUCUAUAUACGAUCGUUUGGGAGCCCUCUUUGGCAGUUCCCCGUUCUCCAGGGAUUCGGCUCCUUCACAUCCUUAUCCAGAUGAUCCCAGCCAAACGGAAUUUAGUGUGAAGUGCGAGAAUCUGCGACUUCAUUUGCGUUUCCCAGUGGUGGAUGGUAGAGCGGCCAACGAUCCGCAGAAGAUUCCCUGGUGGCAAAAGAAUGUGCGUCGCGAUUUCUUGGCCUUGGAGUUUCGAUCAUUGGUAGUCACUUCGAGGUCUCAGAUCAGCAUCGUUUCGGAUGAACUGGAUGCGUUCUACUGUGAUGCGGACAAACAGAGUGCAGUGCAUCUUCUGAAAUGCCAACAGAGAAUGCAGCCGAACAAGAAAAUCCAAAUUGAUGUUCUCCAGCUGACGGAUACUAGUGAUAACCAAAAGAAACCACCAAGGAAAUCCCCCUUCAGCUCAAAAUGUACCUUUGGCUACACAUCCCAUGUGGAGGGACUCGAUGGCAGUGUGGACAAAACGGAUUCCCUUUUGCCCGGCGAAACGGAGGAGAUCAAUGAAUUCUGCGAUAGUUGCACGCAAUCCUCAAAGCUGAAAAUCUUUGCCUUUAUCCCACUCGUAAAGGUUGUGUUGGAUUCCAAGAAUAUGUAUGAACUGAUAUACAACCGUCUGAAUGGAGAUCUUUUCAUGUGGGAGCCACGUUCCCCGCACUAUGAAAACAAUCUGGAGGAGGAGGGGGGAGAAUCAAAGAACCUGGAUUCAGAGCCCCAGUUGGAGGAGUUCCGGAGGAACCUUCUCCUCAGUACCAGUGCCAUGGAGAGCAGCAUUUACUUUUCCAUGGCGGAGCCGACUGUUCCUGCUGCUGCGGCGCCACCAGUUCGGAAUGAAGCCUUCUCCUUUGAGCUGUUUGUGGAGCAGGGUUCGCUUAUCCUGUUCUCCCACUUUCUCGAUCCCGAGACCAAUCAACGCUCCAAGGAGUGCGGCAAGUUCCAGGUGAAUCUCAAGGAGCUGCGAUUGUUUACAGUGAAUGGAUUGGAUAACGAUUCGAACAGGAGCUUCUUCUGCAUCCAGUUGGGCGAGAUUGAGGCCUUGCACUGCGGAAACACUCUCCAGGAUUUGGUGCUAGCCUGGAGUGAUUUGCCAGACAAGGAUCUGCUGCCCACCAUCUAUAAUUUCCCAAACGAUCAUCAGCAGCAGGACAGAAAACGAAUGGAGGUUUUAUCGUUGGUAGCAGAGAUCAAGAAACAACCGGAGCAGCGCAUCAAGAGGAUCAAAAUGUCCUUUGGAAUAAGUGGUGCCAUCCUGGAGCACCACUCCUGCCACUCAGAGCACAGUUGGCUGACUCAGCUGAUUGAUUUCAUGGACGUGGCCGACUUUCCCAUCGAGGAAUACGAACCCUUCGCCUUGGUUUCCGAACUGCAGUUGCAUGUCUGGAAUGCUGGUAUUGACUAUCGCCCGAAAUUCUUCCCGCAACGAGCUUUCCUGGAUUUGGGCUACUGCACCUUGAGCAGCAAUAUUAUAUCCUCCAUGAGUGGCUGCACUCUGCGACUUCUGGCCGAGGAUUGUGUACUCCAACUGGGAUUGGUUAAGGAAUCCAAUGACGCUUUGAUACCCGUUUUGAAUCUUGGACUACUGAAUAUAUCUUUCAGGUUGAAUGCAGAGGGCAGUGGACAGCCGCGAGUGGAUCUGCGCUCCUCCAUUCACGACAUGCACCUGAAGACCUGCUACGACUCGGCGGCAGCUCUGGCCCAACUGAUAGCCUAUGUAGCCAACGACAGAGAUUUGUCGCCGCCAGAGGAGCCCGUCUUAAACGAGGAAACAAAAGUCGCAGAGCCCAAACCCAAUGAGGAUCAGGAGGUGAACGAUCACACGCAGAACCAAGUGAACAAAUUGAUGGCCGAUGCCGUGAUGGAUGUAGAGUGCUCGCCCAAUCCCAGGGCAACCAAAUCCCCGGGAAGCAGGGAGGAGGGCAUCGAGAUCUUCUACUUUCCGGAUGAGCCCAAGGAGAAGAGAAAGUUUACGCCCGCCAAACUUCAGAGCACAUCGCUGAUGGUGGAGAGUCCUUCGGUCAUUGGCGACAUUCUGGACUUUGAAUCGAAUGUGAUACUGACAUCAUACUACCAACAGAGCCAAAUGCAACCGCAGACUUCGCUGGGCUCGCAAGUGCAGCAGGAGCUGGGAUCCCUGGGCAAUGCCUCACUGGAGGAGCGCGAUUUCGAUAUCAUCCACGACGAGGAGAUCUGCCGCAUGGACAAGUUCGGCAUCAAGCAAAUCUACAUCUCGGAGGAUCCCCUCCAGAUCGUGGAUAACCACUUUGAAUUGCCCCACGAGAAGGUGGAUCUGCUGAGGCCUCCAGCUAACUUCCCAAUGGCCGAGAGCAGUUACACUCUCUGCGAGAUGACCUUCACCUGGCACCUUUAUGGCGGCAGAGAUUUCCCGGACGAACCACUCAAGAAAUCCUCGUCAACGGCUGCCAGUGGCUUUGGCAUGUCGGAGACGUACAAGUAUGGAGUAUCGCAAGCCCAGGAACAAGAGAAACAGGAAAGGAAGGGUUCAAGGAAAAGCCUGCUCAAACAGCCCAAGGGUUCCAAGCGCAAUUUGGAGAUUCUGGUGGAGAUACAGCUCUCCAAGAUCCGCUUCUCCUACGAAACCUACCCGUUGACCUCCAUGUACUCAUCUCGACAGGUGCUGCUCGUGUCGGAAAUUGAAAUCAGGGACAGACUGCGUUCGUCGGACAUCAACAAGUUUCUGUAUCACCCGACGGGCAACAAUUUGUCCCACAGACCAGACGAGAAUAUGGUAAUUGUGAAGGCUCUUAAUGUGCGUCCAAAUCCACAGAAGAGCUCAGCGGAGGAGUGUUCUUUGCGGGUCUCCAUCCUGCCCAUAAAACUCAAUAUCGACCAGGAUACUCUGCUCUUCCUGGAGGAUUUCUUCUCUGGCAUGUUCCGGAACUCCGCCAGUGCUGCUGGCGGCACCAAGACGGAGGUCAGCAGCUCCUCCGCAACAGAUAUGCCGGUGAUGUCGGUGAGCAAGCUGCCGGAGGAUCAGUCCGAUGAAUUGCCCGAUUCGGAGGUCAAGGAGAUGGUGGAAAGGAAUCUGAAUGUGCUGAUUGAAGAGAAUAGCGUGGAGAUCGAACUAGAGGAGGAUCCUGCCACUGCUUCACCUGUGUUCUUCCGCGAGGUGAUCUUCAGUCCAGCGCUUCCCAUUUGUUUCGACUACCAUGGCAGGCGGAUCGAGCUCUCCCGAGGACCCGUCACUGGCCUGAUCAUGGGUCUGGCCCAGCUACAAGGAUCCGGAAUUAAUUUGAGGGAAAUCGUUAACCGCCGGGGAAUCCUGGGGUGGAACAAACUCUGCGAGUUUCUGGCCAAGGAGUGGCUCAAGGACAUCAAGCGGAAUCAGCUCCCUAAUAUCUUGAGUGGAAUCGGGCCCACCAAUGCGGUGUUGCAGCUUUUCCAGGGAUUCUACGAUCUUUUCCGCCUGCCCAUAGAGCAGUACAACAAGGAUGGACGGAUUAUCAGGGGAUUCCAGCUGGGAGCGCAGAGUUUCACGGCCCGCACAGCACUGGCAGCGCUGGAGAUCACCUCGAGGAUCAUACACCUGCUGCAAUUCACGGCGGAGACCACUUUUGACAUGCUAUCCGCAGGUCCAUCCAUGAAAAAGAGGAAGGGCGGCAGGCAGGGCAGGAGGAGGCGCCAGGGACGACCCAAGGAUCUGCGCGAGGGCGUGGCCAACGCCUACACCAUCGUGAGGGAUGGCAUCAACGAAUCGGCCAACACACUCAUCGAGGCGGCCAUCACGGAGCACGACCAGAAGGGCUACAGCGGAGCAGUGGGCGCGGUGGUGCGCCAGAUCCCGCAGCUCGUCGUCUGCCCGGCGGUGCUGGCCACCCAGGCCACCACCAAUAUCCUGGGCGGCGCCAAGAGCUCGCUCGUUCCGGAGGCAAAACUGGAGGCGCGCGACAAGUGGAAACAGGAAAUCCACUAAGCAAGUUUGGGUUUCCCAAUCACCCAAAUCGGUUAGGUUUACGGUAGCUUUAGUUCCAAGGGGCUUACAGCAUAACACACUAUUUUCUAAUGUUUUACUAAAAAUAAAUAAUGUACAUAAAAGGAGCACAUGCACAAGGCGAGGGAGACGAGGGACUGGGAUCCCGAUUGGAUGUGAUGAUUGAACUUAUCCUUUUUAGCCAUAUUACUACAGUACAUCAAAGUUAUAUUUUUUAUUAUUUUACCUAAAUAAAAAUGUAUAUAAAAGGAAA